AUGCGAGGAACUGGGAAGUCAACACUGGCUGUGAUUGCAUCCAUUGCUUGCCGAAGACGAGUAGUCGACAUCGAUGCCCUCUUCCAGGAAGCAACUGGCUUCUCCACCGCGAGAUAUCGCAAGCAGUUCGGCGCAGCCAACCACAACUUGCGUCAAGAAGAGCUGCUCCAGACUGCAUUGCAGUUGCAUGACAAGGGCGCGAUCAUCAUAUGCAAUGGAGGCUCCCUUGAGCGAAACGGGCAAAUGCUCAUGCAAGAAUUUGCCAAGACACAUCCAGUCGUGCACAUCGUACGAGACCUUCAUGAAAUCCACGAAUAUCUUGGUGGGAUCGAGCUGCAAAAGCUCAAGGACAUGCUAGAGUUCACAGCACCCAUCCUACGGCGUUGCUCAAACUACGAGUUCUUCAACAUUGCGGAAACAGCAGCCAAUCGCAAUGCUGUACUCGCAGCCUCAUCUGGAGCACCGGCUUUCCUCACACUAAAGCGAGCACAAAGGACGUUUCUCAAAUUCUUGUCACUGAUCACGACUAGCAAUGACGCGCAUGGCCCUGCGAGUACCACAAUACCACCACUCGAGCCGGGCUAUCCACUCUCCGAUGUAGCGACGGAGCUCAGGACGUACACAUGUGCGGUACAGGUCCCCCUUUCAGAUCUGCUAGCGGAGGAUGCCAAUAUUCAGAAUCUCGAAGUAGGCGCCGAUGCUUUCGAAGUCAUGAUCGACCCCGACUCUGAUACAUUGUCCGACAUCAGCUACUGUGUCUCUAAAGUUCGGAGAAGCACUGUUGUACCUAUCAUACUUCAUAUUCUUCCCAGACCGAGUUCGAGCGAUGGUCGUUUGAACUACUUCAGAUGUGUACAUCAAAGCUUACGCACCGCGCCUGAGUUCAUAACUUUCGACAUGUCAAUCGGAGAGGAGGCGCUCACCGAGCUUGUUGCGGCGAGAGGGAUCACGAAAGUCGUCGGGCAUUUGCAUUCUGACAAACCCUGGGCUGAUGCUUUUUGGAGCUCGCAAUAUGAUAUGGCUGCUCGACUUGGUUGCGCACUGACUCGCUUUAGUCGUCCCGCUGAGACUUCCGAGGAUGACUACUUCCUUCAUAAGCUGAGAUACGAGAUCAAAGCCAUGCGAGGCCAACCGAUUCCAUUGACGUGCUACAACACUGGGAAAGCUGGUCGUCGAUCUCUAUGCUUUAGCCAACAUCUUGCGCCCGUGAUUCCCAGCUCAACUAAGAGGAGCUCUGCGUUCUCUGCAAGGCUGCAGCGCAACCCAGAGAUGCCUUGGGUCACUGCUCGAGAAGUGACUCAAGCUCUCUACGCCUCUUUCACGUUCGACCCGAUGCAAAUCUACAUCAUCGGUGCAUCUCUCGGGUACAGUGUAUCACCAGCCAUGCAUAAUACUGCCUACGAGACGUGCGGGAUGCCACACCGCUUCCAUCGCGCGCAAAGCUCGUCCUUGAACAGCCUCAAAGAGUUGGUUCGCGAGUCAAAUUUCGGUGGCUCAAUUGUCAUACAGCCGUACAAAGUAGAGGUCAUAUCGCUGACCGACUCGUUGAGCCAACAUGCUCGAGCAAUUGGCGCUGUCAAUACCUUGAUACCUGUUCGCAACUUGAAGGCCAACAACAGUAUUCCUAGCGAGCUGGAGCUAUUUCAAGAGCGCAAUCAAUCUGGACCAGUGCAGGCCUUGUACGGCGACAACACGGAAUGGAUCGGUAUUCGUUCGUGUGUGCGACGCGGACUUUCUCCGGCAAACGCAGUACGACUCACAAGUUCCAGUCUUGUUAUCGGAGCAGGCGGCAUGGCUAGAGCGGCUGUGUAUGCAUUGCUACAACUCGGGGUGAAGAACAUCGUCAUCUUCAACAGGACCGUGAACAAAGCAGAGAAGCUCGUGGCCCACUUCAACCGUAUUGCAUCAGCGACAGCGGCUGGUACUGCCACCUCUAUGAAACUACAAGGGCAGAACUUGGACUUCCAUGUUCUGCAAACGCGAGAUGAUGCGUGGCCAGAGAAUUUUCGCCAACCAACCAUCAUCCUCUCGUGUAUACCAGCAGAUCCGAUAGAUGGCGGUCCUGCAGCGCAGUUCACGCUGCCACCGGCAUGGAUGUGCAGUCCGACGGGAGGAGUGGUUAUGGAAAUUGCAUACAAGACACUCAAUACUCCAUUGAUGUUGCAAGUGCGCGAGAAGGGGUCUUUUUGGACAUAUCUCGACGGUCUUGAUUUCUUGCCUGAACAAGCAUUUGCGCAGUUUGAGCUCUUCACAGGAAAACGUGCGCCGCGACGAGUGAUGCGUGAGGAAGUGCUGCGUGCUUGGAGGGACGAACAGGGCAAUGCUGAUCCAGAGAUGGUGGAGAGGAGACUGAAGGCGAUCGAUGACCAGGAGCCGUGAUGGAUGGUGUAAGCGUAGAUACCCAGCGUUUUGAAGUACAAUUGACAGGCUCGAAA